GAGUGAGAGUGUAAGGAACGUAAAACUGCAAACCUAGAAUACAUUUUUCAUUAUACAGAAGUAGUUUAUAGAUACAGCAGUAAACAUCUAAGAUAUAAAACUAAAAAAAAUAGAUUUUUAUUCUAUUCAUUAAAAACAAGGAUUUUUAUAAAAUUUUUAUCAAAUUUAAUCAAAAUAAUAAAACAAAUCACCGAAAAAUGCGUGCACAUUUCGCUAGCGACAUUCCUGCUUCACCCGAUACCGAUGAUGGCUUACAAUCGCCAGAUGCCAUCGACACAAAGGAGCCACAGCCCAAAGUGGCGUCUGUCAACGAAACAGAAAAUUUAUUACAGGAUCGUAUAUUAGAAUUUAAAAGUGAUUCAUCUAAAAUGGCUGUGGUUGGUGAAUUUAUCGAUGAUGUCCUACAAAAAGCCGAAGAAGAGGCCAACAAACAACAAAAGGACAAACAUAAAAAUUCGCAACAGGGUAAAAAUAAAACACAAAAACAGAGUUUUGCUAUACCAGAUUUCAAGAACGGUAAAGUUGUUAAUCGAGCCAGAGGAUUUGUGGUGCGACUCUUCGAGUCAAUUUGCAAUUGUGCCAACAAUGCAGCAGCGGCACCCGUGACACGUUUCAAAUUUCGCAGCGGCAAGCGAGCCUCAACAAGUGGUGAUGUCAGCGAAAAUAAUGGCAAAGUAGAAAACAAUAAAAAGGAGGAGAAAUCAAAAAGAAAUAGUAAUGGUGGUAAGAAAAACGAUAAAGCUAAAAUCGAUGAAACCAAUGCCGAAAAAGAUAAUGAAGCACAAGAAACAAUAGAAUUGCAAUAGAUAGAUUUUAAGUAAAGAAAACUGCAAAGAAAAAUUCAAAAUUAAAGACUUUUUUUUAAAUAGCAAUACUAAAAUUUUAAAGAAACUACAAUUUAAACUAAAAUUUGGCUUACUUUUGGAUACAACUUAAUCAGAAGGUUUCCAAACGAACAAAAUUAAAGAACUUAAAAAUACAGUCUGUCAAAAAAGUAUUUACAUUUAUGAAAAUGUGUUUUAAAUGUCUUAUAAACAAAAAAAAAUCAAAUAAUUAAAUACUUUAUUAAAUAUUUUUCUAAUACAAACAAUAGUCAAUUGUUUACAAUAGAAUCGAUCUCUGGACAAUCAGUCAGUCCUAGAAUAUUACACAGAAUUACAACAAACAUUAUAAAAAAAUGGCACUAAACUUUAUAGUAUUAAGUUAAGCUAGACUUAGGUCGAGUUUUACAGUUCUUACUAUAUAGAAGAUAAUUCUUCCCUUAGAGUGAACUAUAAAACCAGAUCUUAAAGUAUAAAGUUAAAUAAAUAAAUCAAUUGAUGUAAAAAUAUAUAAAAUCUUAAAAAAAACACCCUAACAAAUCAAAAUGAACACCAGUCUGUUAACAAAAGUAGUUUUUAUCCAGUGUCUAUUUUACCAUCUUUAUAUAAUUGUAAAUCUAUAUUAAAGAAAAUUUACAAUUAUAUUUUCAAACUUCAUCCAAAUAAUAGUAUAAUAAAAUCUCUACGAUUUCAAAAAUCACACUCCAUUUUAAAUAACAUCGUCAUACUUCUAUAAAAAGGUCUUCAAAAUAGAUUAUAAAUCGUUUAAUAAGCCCUUAUACACAUCAUAUCGUUAUACCUUAAUCCUCUAUUUAUCUCAAAGUCUGGUUAUAUUUAAUGUUAAGUUUAAUUAAAAGUUUUCAUGCCAAAAAUAUUUGAAACGGCAGCAUCUUUAGCGGUUAACCCAUAACUGAAGAUUGAGAUAACAGGCAUAAGUGUAUUUUGUAACUUUUUCUUGAAUUUCGAGAAGUGGAUUAGUGUAAAAAUGGGAGAACCUAACUAAUUAUAUAAAACUUAGAAUUGAGGUUAGAUUUUUGCUUGCUUUCUAAAUAAUUGACCUUCAAAAUAUUUCAUUCAAAUUACUUUACGAUUUGACACAUCGUCACUUACAAAACCGAUAGCACAAGAACGACACAUGCUAGAACGAUGUCAUGAUUAUAUAUAUGUACACUGGGAGUCACAACAACAAAUCACAACAAUCUACAAAUAUCCUAAAACUUGUAUCGGAAUAGUGUUUAAACACUUUAAGCUCUAGGUUAGUUCGAGCAAAAUGUACCUAGGCCUAAAUAUUAUUGAAGAACCAUCAGAAGUUUCCUUAACUAAGUUCCGCAGUUAUUAAUUAAUAACAUCGCUUCCAAGAUAUUUAGUAGCAAAUUUAAUCGAAAGUCUGGCAAUCACAGAUAAUGUAUGCAUUCGUCUAAAUCUGCCGAUAAUGCAAGUUGUGCUCGUAAAUCUGUAUUAGUUGUGUCACACGUGUCAAUUUCCCUUUCCUUUAUAUCACGACCAUUUGCUCUUUCAUUGAAGAUUAUUUCCAAGUAUUUUAAUAACCCAUUUCGUGUUCAAGGGUAUUUCAUUAAGGCCCUUUUGUUCAAUAUGGAUUUUGAUUUAACCUUAUCAGCUGAUACUGAUAUUUCAGUUAAUAUCUCUUUAAUUGCUCUUGGGCUGUCGGUAUAUGUAAUCCUCUGUUGGCGCCAUAUUCAAUACAAUUCAUCUCUAACAUUCCUUGAUAGCACAGACUAUCGCCUGGAAUCUGGAUAUGUGAUUAGGAAGACGGUAGUACAUAAUUUUUCGACCCUCAUUCCCGUUUUGUCUAUCAGUUGAUAACCUUCUGUUUAACAGCAGAUUUUCGCAGAUGUUUACUUUAAUAUUCCGCGCUCACAGUUUCCGAUAUGCGAUCGGGUACCAAUAUGUUUGAGUCAUGAUCGUUUAAUAUCGAUAUAUUUUGUCGUUUCUUUUCUCCGCUUGAUAUUUCUAUUUUAGUUUCCGACCAAUUAUCGCAAGAGCUCGAUCCACAAUUGAGUUAUGGCCUCCUGGAGGUACUCUUCCGAAAAUAAAUUGCAUAUCAAUAUCGAUAUUGUGAUAAAUGUUAACCUCUGUUGGCGUUAUUCAUUACAUCGCGUGAUAUCUGGGAUUCUCUCCCGAAAUCCUGUGAUUUAGAAGACGAUAUUAUAUCUCCGUCUUGUCUUCCAGUUUAGAACUUUCCAUGUAACAAUAUUUUGCUUUUUCCUGGAGAAAAGAGAUUGUCGGAUGAACUCCCAGUAGUAGUAUUAUGUUACAAUUUCUUCACUGCUUUAUAUAAUAAGUUAGAAUUGAUCUAAUUACGCUUUUUUAAGGCAGGCUGUCAUACCAGGAUUCGAGACUAUGGGCUUUCUAUGUAGCUCCCAAUAUCUAUGUUUUUUUUAUUGAUUUAAUAUUUCUAUUAGAGUUCCCGAUCAAAGAUUUCAAGAAGCUCGAUCAAUGGUCAAAAACGGAGUUUUUCAAAAUGCAUUAUCUGCAAGAUCUGAUAUAUUAGAUAAAUUCCGAUUCGUCGCUGCUCAAUACUUCACAAAUACUUUGAUCUCUGGUUUUCGACUUUUUUGAAAUUUUAUUGUGCUGUGUUAUUGGUCCAUUGUAAGACCUAUGUAGAUUUUGCCAUACAAAAUUUCUGCUGAAAUAAUACCCCGUUCACACGAUGCACUCAUUAGUAAUUUACGCUCUCAUUAAUCAUUCAACCUCCAAUUACCUACUGAACGAUUCAUCAUACACAUUUCAAACAACAUGGCGAUGAACUGUCAAACGAAUUACGAACGUGUCGUAGAAACGGUUUAAUUGGCUAUCGUCAUUCAGAGGCCGAGUUGAGUAAUUCAACUGAUCGUAUGGUAUUACAAAAGCUGUACGUACAUAAUUCAGUUUGAAUGAGUGUCAUCUCUAAUUUGUAUCAAGUAUUUAACAUAAUCAGCUGUUUGCUUUCAUUGGUUGGAGACAAAUAACAAAAAAAAGCAAAUAAAAAAUAUAUUACAUAAUUUGUUAAAAUAAUGUAAUAAACUUAUUUUUGUAUCCAUACACACAUAAUUAUUCCAAAAAGUGACAAAAUAAUGAACGAAAACAAAAAACAACAAGGCGAUGAACUGUCAAAUGAACCGCUCGUGUGAACUUGGUAUUAAGGGCACACGAUCACACUUUACGUACGUAGUCUAAUGAAAAAGUAAAAUGAAAUUCCAUCCGUAUUUUUAUAUUUUUUGGGCCUUAUGCAAAAACGAUUAUUAAAGUUAAUGUACACUUUUUCCAUAUUU